AUGAGCUGCAGCAAGCGCGUGUCGACGGUCUCGGGUGUGGUCUGCAACUUGCACCACGUCCUUCGGACCAUCGUCCAGUACACGGCAGCGUCGCGCGACGUGCUCGCUUUUCUGGCCGUGAUCCCUGCAUCGGCGCGUAGUACAUCGCUGACAGCACUCCACGAGCUCCUCCAGGAUGCCCUCUGGGUCAUGCAAGAUCCCAUCGAGUCCAAGCAGGAGGCCAUGGACAAGCUGUGGCCUCUUGUCUGGCUCGAUGCCAUCGCGCCAACAGCGGUCGUUCUUGUAUGUGACACGAUACCGGUCUUUCUCGCGGCCGUCGCCGGCAACGGCCCGAUCGCGCGGCCAUUCGAGCUCGACGCCUCUGAGUGGCUGCAACUCUGGAGCAGCAAGAUCACCGAGUAUGUCCUCCAUGGCCAACUCGCCAUCCGCCCGCGCCUCGCCAAGCUUCAGAGCACCGACGUACGUCAUGCUGUCGACGUGGCCGCGGUCGUGGAGGUCGUGACGACCACACAUCAAAUCCGCUCGCUCACGGUCGACUGCUCUGCCGGUGGCGUCACGCUGCGAGAACCUUCGUGGCCGCAUUUACCGCGUCGUACUCAAGAGCCCAGGGCAUAG